GUAGCAUAUACCCCUGCAAACACCACAUAUGCCAACUGUUUGCUGACAGGUUUGAGCGCUGGCCAGCGGGUGGUGACUGUUCAGAAGGGGCCCCUCUACCGUGUGAAGGGGUCCCACGUCACACUGUGGUGCAAGGUGAGCGGCUACCAGGGCCCGGCGGAGCAGAACUUCCAGUGGUCCAUCUACCUGCCUUCGGCCCCUGAGCGGGAGGUGCAGAUCGUCAGCACCAUCGACCCCUCUUUCCCCUACGCCAUCUACACCCAGCGCGUGCACAGCCGGGGGAUCUACGUGGAGCGGGUGCAGGGGGACGCUGUCCUGCUGCACAUCACUGAGCUGCAGGACCGGGAUGCUGGAGUGUAUGAGUGCCACACGCCCAACACUGACGAGAGCUACUUUGGGAGUUACAGCGCAAAGACGAACCUCUCAGUGAUCGCAGACACCCUCUCGGCUUCCAUGGUGCCCCAAGUCCUCACCCGUGCUGAAGGGGAGGCAAUGGAGCUCACCUGUGAGGUGUCUAAGUCCACCACCCAGCACACGCAUCUUUCUGUUGGCUGGUACCGUCUUCAGGGAGCAGGAGAGAGUCAUGUCGAGGAGGUCCUCACCCUCUCCAAGGACUUUGUCUUGAGACCAGGGCCCUCUUAUGCGCAGCGGUUUCUGGUGGGGGAUGUGAGGCUGAACAAGGUUGGGAACACCAUGUACAAGCUCUUCAUCGGGGGAGUGCAGCCAUCCGACCAGGGGCAGCUGUACUGCGAGGCAGCCAAGUGGAUUGAGGAUCCUGAUGAGACGUGGAAGGACAUUUCCCGCAAGCAAACAAGAAGGACAUCGCUGGCGGUCAUGAGCCAGGGCAGAGACCUCUCCGUGGACAUAGCUGCUGCUGAAAGCUCCCUUUCUGAAGGUGAUACCUUGCAGCUAAAUUGCAUGGUGGGAGCCCAGAAGAGCAGCAGCAGGAACUUCCAAGUGCUUUGGCUCCUCAACAGAGUGGAAGUGGCCAGGGUCGACCCCCAUGGGGUAUUGAUUUUGGAAGAAGAAUAUGAGGAGAGAGCCAAGCUGGGGCAGCUCCGAGCAUUCAAGCAAAGCAACACGGUUUAUGUCCUCACCAUCUAUGAGGUGGGGCUGAAGGACAAUGGUAUUUACCGCUGCUCUGUUUCGGAGGUGAAGGCUCCUGGAGAUUUUCACAGCAUCCAAACCAAUCUGUCAUCAGGCAUCCAAGUCGAUGUGAAGCCAAUAGAGAGCCGCAUGCGCCUGUCUGUGUCCACCAGCACGCCGCAGGUCGUGGCGGGAGAUGCCUUGACCCUCCUUUGUGAGGUGCAAGGAACGACCAGCCCCGUGUCUGUGCAGUGGUGGCACCUGCCACCACAGCACCUGGGUCCCCGGGUGCUGGUGGCCACCAUGGAGCGGGAUGGCACCCUCAGCCUGGGCAGCGUCUACCGGGAUGGCAGGACUCGGGGGAGCCUCCGGCUGGAGAAAGCCAGCUCCGGCACUUUCACCCUGGUGAUCCCCAACACGUUGGAUGAGAGUGACGGCGGGCAGUAUGGGUGCGAAGUGACGGAGUGGUCCCGAGGCCAGAGCUGGACAAAGGAGAGGGAGACAGCGGUGACAGUCAGCUCCAUGGCUCUCGGUCUGCAUGCCACGCUAAGAAGCCGAAUUGUCACCGUCAGAUACGGGCAGAGUUUGGAACUCGAUUGCCAAGUGAGUGCUGGCUACACCCUUGAGAAGGUGCCGGUGUCUGUGGGGUGGCUCUUCCAGCCCAGCCCACCCACCGGUCACUACCACAAGCUGGUCCAGGUCCUUCCCAAUGGCACCAUGAACUGGGGGACAGAGGGGACGUCCCAGUGUGAGGUGGAGGUCUGGAGGAGGAACCCCCUGCCGCAGGGGCAGCCAACUGCCACCACCAGGUCCAACGCUGUGGGGAUAAAGGUGGUACUGCCAGAAAGCAAGCUUCAGGUAGCUACGAAAGAGAGCACUGUGGAGAUUGCCGGUGGUGCUGACACAACCAUCGAGUGCAGGAUCAUGUUUACCCAGAAUAAUUCUCAAUUUGCUGUUACCUGGUACCUCAUACGUUCUUCAGCAGAUGCAACCCCUCUGCAAAUUGUAAGGGCUGACUACAGCAGCGUGCUGGAAUAUGGGUCUGAGUUCAGCUUGCCUGCACAAAAGUCCCGAUUCCUGAGCCAGAGGGUGUCCAGCAAUGUUUUCUGGCUGCAGAUACUCUCUGCAGACUCCAGUGAUGAGGGCAGGUACUACUGUGUGGUAGAAGAAUGGCUCUGGCUGGUGGAUGGCUGGUACAAACUUGGAGAGGGAACAUCGGGAAGGACCACGCUGGAGUUCAAGCUCCCAGAGCAUGAACUGCAGCUGGAGAAAACCAACCACAGCAUCUCAGUGAGGGAGGGCGAGGAGAUGACGCUGCACUGCCUGCUGCAGGGUGCCCGCCUGCCCACCACCCGCCUCUCAGCCACCUGGUUUCGGGGGGAGGAGAGCAGCCACGUCAGGCCCCUGCUCACCCUCCACCAUGACGGCACCAUCAAGUACCCCCAGGACAGCCUGUCUGGGAGGCUGCACCUCCGCUGCCCCACCACCGGUGACUUCAGCUUGAUGUUGCCCAGCGUGGAGGAAAGCGAUGCUGGGGUGUAUUUCUGUGAGGUGCAGGAGUGGCAGCAGCAGAGUGAGGGGAAGAGCUGGGCUCUGCGAGCCUUGGUGCGCUCGGGGUACACCCAGCUCACGACCAUCCCGCCAGAGCCACCUGUUUUGUCUAUGAUCUGCUCAUCCCCGCCACUGCUGAACUUCAUCCUAUACUUACCACUGGUUCUGAUCCUUCUCCUGGCCCUUGGUGGUGUCUUCUGCUGGUACUUCAAAUUCAGAAAAAGCAACAGGGGCAACAUCACAGGAGAAGACCAAUUGAUGGAACUGCAAGGGACUGGAGGGGUCAAGAAAACUUAG